GCCGCCUUUAAAAGCAUCGAGGGAACGACUGCUCUACUCCCUUUCGAUCUUGAAUCAUCAUCAAACCCAUUAUCUUCGUCGAUUGCACCUCCACCGGUCCCCUCUUAUACCCCACAUCUUCACCAGGGUCCAUUCAACGCACGUCGCUUAAUCUCGAUUUGGACACUAUUUAAACGCCAACAAUAACACGUUUAUCUAUCCGCUCCCGUCUCUUGCUUCUGGUCGCCUUUUUCCUUUUCCCUCGUCAUGUACCCCAACAUGAAUCAUACCCUACUUUAUCGACCCGAGGAAGAGUUUUCGGAUAUGGAACUCUCAUCUUACCCUGGAAUCGAUUUAUACCCUGGUAGCGCGUCAGAUCAUUCAGAGAGCUCCCCCAGUGCGUGGGUGUAUGACGACGUUCUUCAAUACUCCCGCAACUCCCCCUCACCCCCUGUCCUCUCCCGCCAUCCAGGCCACUUCGAGCACUGCAACGCGCGUCCCUUGGCUAACGGCAUAAACAUGCCUAACGGUCCCCUUUCUGGAAGCGCCUGGUCCCACAAUGUGGGCUACCAUCCAGACGCCGCCAACUCGACCCUUACGGAAGAAUAUCCCCUCUAUGGACGUCGCUUGCCUUCGCACAGGUCGGGAGGCGGUGUCAAUUGGACCACGACACCAAACCACCUUACCAUUGACCCAUCCCAAUGGGCGCCUGUUUCGGAGCCAACGUACGAGUCGCAGUCGUGGGAUAGCUUGGGACUCUCUUCUUCCCUAAUAACGGACCCUGUGGAGGUGAAACCCGACUUGGCGUUCCUUCGAAUGCAGCGAGCGAUGAAUGCGCCCAUUUCCCCUUCCCCUACUCCUUCCCCCCCCUCACCGGGCAUCAAAACGCCCACUAUACCCUCAGGACGCAGGCCGGUCGACGCCGCCGGCGCGAAACAAAAGUCAUGUUCCCAUUGCCACGCGACGACUACCCCCCUCUGGCGCCGAGAACCAGUCACGCUCAAGCCGCUCUGCAACGCUUGUGGUCUCUACCUUCAGCAGCGCAACAAGUUGAGACCACAGGAGCUCAUUGACGCGGAUUUGGAUGACGGCAGCGAGGAGUCAGACAAGGACGCGACCGGACCGGAGUGCAGCCAUUGCCACACGCGAAAUACUUCGGUAUGGCGACGGAGCAAGACGGGGGAACAGCUGUGCAAUGCCUGUGGAGUGUAUCUGCGUCUGAGGGGAAGGGAUAGGCCGUUGUCGCUGAAACGGAAUAAGAUCAAGCCUCGCUCGAAACAUCGGGAUUCAGGGUCGAUCUCGCCAAAGUGAAAACGAUUAUAUUAUUCAAAUUCAAAUGUAUUCACUUGGUUUCUGGCCAAGAACGCUUUAACUACUUGCUACGUCUGGUACUUGUAAUAUGUUAUUGUGCCGUCGGUUGCUGCUAGCUACGAUGGAGAGACUAUACGGUUAUGUCAUCUGUGGUAGAUACUAUGAUUGCACCGCGUUCUCCGGCCUAUGAAUGGAUUUUCCCAUGGAUUCGGAAAGUUGCACUGUGUAGA